AUGUCUGGUUUAACCAAUAGAAGGGGGAAGAGAUUCCAAUAUGAUUCUUCUUUACAGUUAGCUAAUACCAUUGGGGCAGGUGUUAAUAAGAUAAAAAAGCAGAUUAGAAACGUGGAAAGGUUGUUAGCAAGGAAAAAGGACACAUUACCAGCUACUGUGAUUAUUGAAAAAGAGCGGACGUUAGAAGCUUUAAAAUUGGAACUUAAUACUGCAGAAUUACGUACUGUAGCUAAGAAGAAUGCGAAAAAAUAUCAUAUGGUAAGGUUUUUCGAACGUAAGAAAGCUACAAGGCGGUACAAACAGGCUUUGCAGAAUGUGAAGCAAGAGCCCGGAAACAGCCAAAGGGUUGAUGAAUUACAUCAGAGGGAAUUGGAGCUUUGUUAUGUUGUGAAUUUCCCCAAAACCACGAAAUAUAUUGCAUUAUAUCCGACGGUAGAAGAGUCGUCUAAUUCGGAGAGCACUGAUGAGACAGCAGAAAAGAGAAAGGCCUUCCUUGAGGUUGUAGCUGAACAGUUCGAAAAUGGUACUCUUCCGGUACCAUUAGAAGAUAUUCUGAAGGGUAAGAAGCUAAAUAAGGAAAGCGCUGGUAUUGCAUUAGCAGAGAGUGAGGAGGAGGAGGAGGAGGAGGAGGAGGAGGAGGAUUACAAUCAGAAAACAGCCGGUACUGAGUCUAAGAACCUCUCAACAGUUCGACAUAAUGGCGACAAAGAUGAUAAUGACAGCGACGAUUUCUUUGAAUAG